UAGUAAAACAAUAAUAAUAUAAAAUAAAAUGAGUUUAUUAGAGAAAUUUAUUGAAAUUCAGAAUGAUCUCUCAAGUCCUCAAUUAUUUGCUGUUAAUCUUUAAGGGUAUUUUCUUUUAAUUUCCACUUUUUAGAUUUGAGUUAUUUUAGGAUGAGUUAUGUUCCUCCAAAUCCAAUUUCACAUAAAUUGAUAACUAUUCUCUCUGGUACCUUUUUUCUAUAUAUUGUCUUAGCAUUUGUUAGGAAGAAUCUUAACAAUUAUAAACAUUUAUUGCAAAUUUCAAAAAAGAGUUCAAUAUCAAUCCUCAAAUAAUUAAGUAAAAUUCAUAAGAGUAAGUUCUCAAGGCAGAUAAACGUCAUCAGGUUCAUUUUGUAUGCUCAGAAAUUUGGAAUUUCCUCAUGAAAAUUGUCAAAGGAGGUUUUUCAUUAUCCUUCUACUUUUAUAGGCCCAUGCAUACCUAUUUAUACAAUUGAAAUACAUAAUAUCAAAAAAAACACUCCUUAUGAUUUUACAUUUCUUUCACAACAUGACAUUGAAGAUUUGCCGAAUGAUCUAGUUAUACCAGUAGACAUGACUUAAAUGGAGUUUUUGAUUUAAAAUGACAAUGAUUCUUUUACCUUAUUAACCAAGGUUGUACCUUUAGCUUUUACAAUUGAAUAAGUUAUUAAUAAAAUACUCUUAUAACAAUUCAACAUUUCAAAUUACUUGUGUUUUAAUUAAACAAAUAAAAAACUUAUCUAAAACAAAAAUUCAACUUUAAUCUAUGAAUUAGAAUUCAAAUCUCUAUGGUUUUUUAAACCACAUUAAUUAGAAAACGGAUUUUCAGAAAAUUUAGAUGAAGCCAUUAUGCAACAGGAUUUUCAAAAUCUCAAAACUGGUUCAACAGAAUCAACAUAUGAAUCAAGAGAAAUUUAAUCAUUAUUAGAUAGUUCACAACCACAUGAAUUUGAAGAUGACGUCAAUCUUCAUAAUCAUAACAAUAGCAAUUUGAGUAUUAAAUUUUAAUAAAUAAGUUUUGAGAGAUAUCAAUGAAUUCAAAAAUGAAAUUUAAUCAAUUCUCCAAUUUCAUAAAAAUUAACCUCUUAUACUCCUUAAAGAGGAAUAAGCUAUUGAGAAUAUAAAUUAAAUUAUCUUAUAAAUAGAAUAAGAAAACUGUUUCAAAAAGGAGCAAUAAGAAGAAGGAACUAAUGAUGAACUUAUUGAUUAUUAAGAUAUUUGA